CUUUGUUUAGAUUUUCAUUUUCAUCACAACCAGAGUAUGGAACUUGGUAAAAUUGCCAUUUACCUGAAAUUCUAUUCCACUAAAUUUUGCAACAUUCAUUGAAGUUGAACCUAACUCUAGCAUGAAGUUAUAUGUUUUGGUUAAAGCGGGAACAUAAAUCUGAUUCACAAGCAGCCAACUUCUGUCACACUUGUUGCGGUAACAUUCUCUAAUACUUGUCUCUGUCAUAUUAUACAUUCAAAAAGGUAAGUACAUGUAAACCAUUUUCAAAUCAGUCUUAUAAGGGUAAGGUAAUAUAGUACUAAUUGUAGUUGGUAAUACAGGAUUAUGAAGUGACAUCAACUAAUAGGAAAUAAGAAUUGAGAUUAGGAAUUAUUGGGAAUAAGGCUACACUGUAUAGUAAAUACACAAGGGCUGGGAGAGAUUGCUCGCCUACAUUCUUGAACCUUUUAUUACACUUUAGAGCUUAUUCUCUUUAGCGAUCAUGUUCCUCCCUCUGAAGGAUAUAUGUCUUCCUUAGUCUGGAAAAUAAAGCAUGACAAGCACUUCUUCUCAGUCUAGUUAUUCCAUUCUGAGGUGUCAAUACCGCAGUUUAUAUCAGCUCUGUGCUCCAUCUUGUUGAAAGCAAGAAGGAUUUUUGAGGGUUUAAGGCUUUCAAGUGUCAUUUGUGCACAUUGUCUCUUAAGGUCCAUUUUAUUUUUAAUUGGGUUGAUUAUAGCGAGUGAAUUUGAAUUGUUACUUCUAAGGGAAUUUUUUUUGUUCUAAUACCAUCAAUUACAAGACAAUGCUAGAGGUUCUCUCCUUUUGAAUUUUGAGGCCUGGAAAAUCGAAUAGCUUCCAACUUAUUUCAGAAAACUAUUCAUGAUAUCAUUCAUGUUUAUGAAAUACUCCACUAGCUAACAAGAUUCUUUUGCAUGUGUUUCAUAAGAAAAUGGUUGUUUUCUUAAUACUAUAGGAUCUGUGUAUUUUGGGCGUUAAUCUAACUGAUGUGGAUCUGUUAGAAUUUCUUCAACAGGAUUGGCCCGUCCUUCUCUUUAUUGAGGAUACUGUCGCGAAUCUCUGGACUGGAAGUAACUUUGUCGGAUGAUUUCCUGGAUAAAAAAUUCAGUGCUUCAGCUAGCUUCAGUUGUAAAUCACACUGCCUGUUAGGUUCAGGAUGGGAGGAUGAGUCUAUUGUAGCUGGCAGAUCAAUGGAGGAUGCCUCAUUUAGGGAGUCUCUUGAACGUGAUGACAGUUCAAAUGUGAUGCAUGAGUGAAGGAAACCAUUUAUGCGGAGCACAGAAGCCUUAUACGUGAUGGAUCAUCUUUUGCUAGUGAUGAAGAUAUUAAGUUUGAAAAAAGUUACUACAGAACUAAACAAAAUCGCCUUGAAGAUGAUUAUGAUUUUGAAUUUGAAGUAGCUGAUGAUGUCAACCAGGUCUUAAAUCAAAGGUCUCCUAGAGGCAAGGCCAAGGAAAUAUAUUUUGAGAACUUCUCCUGGUGCAAAACUCAGAGCAAGGCAUUGCGGAGUCAUAAUUUUACAGGAGAUUCAGAAAAAUCUUCAUUAUCCAAGGACAUUCUGGAUGAAGACGAUCAUCUUAUGGAUUUCAAUUAACAGACUGAAAAUCAUGGUUCUGGCAUGCUAUCUUUUAGUCCAGGACUGUCUCCUCUGCCACCAGAUCCUUUGCUCGGGACCAGUUUUCAAGAAUUUAAUCCUAUAAAAAUGAACUUUGAGCAGCCUCGACUCCAGGCGAAUGUAUAAUUGACCACCUGUCCCUAUAGAGACGUCAAAACACUCACUUUAACAUCUAACAACUCGACCCUUGCAUAUUGUGCUGGGACAUUCGGAAGACUGCUGACAUUGUUUACAAGGUUGGUUCUCUCUACUGAUUGGACACUCAGGGAACUGCGGCAUCAAAAUACAGCCGUUCAGAUGAUAUGUAUGCUUUCCCAGCAAGCUUUGGCUUUAAAGGAGAGGCUUUGAGCUCUAUGUCUGACGUUUCUUUAUUGGAAAUUGUUACCAAAACUCACGGGAGGCCAAAUGGAUAUCGUAAGGUUUUGAAGGACAACAAGUGGUUGUACCUUUGAAUUUGAUGAUUGUAGACAAGAUGUUGGUACAAUAGUCAUUGUUCGUGAUGUAUUUUGCAACCAACCAGUUUGAAGGAAGCAAAUGCACUCCAAGUACUUCUAGUUUUCUCUAAUGUCAAACAAUGAGGAUGACCUGCUUUGCACACGUGCUUCUCCUUCUCCCUGCCUUUGUUGUCCAGUGGGUUUGGGAUUCAGCUGAGUUCCCUUAACAAAUUGAAUGCAAGCAUUGGUGCAUUCAAGCUUUCAGGAUACAUCUCAGGUCCUGAUGCUGUGAAGAUUGAAAGUUCAAUUCGGUCAAAUUGAUGGAUCCAUUGCUCAUUGCACUGUUGGUGUACACUGGAAAUCCAGAAGCUAUGUGCGACCCCUUUCAUAAAAUGCCAGAAACUAGAGCUGUAAGGAGACUGCAGCAUUCUGCAAAAGCUAUCUGCUCAGAGCUUCCACGGCAGUAGUCCCAUCAGUGUGAUCAAUCUUCCACCCAAAGUUGUGGUGACGGUGUAUUCUCUGAUGAAGGCCAAGUGUGGAAAUGGAACUUCUUAACAUCUAGAAUAGCAAAUUACAAACUCAAGGGGAGUGCACAAGUACACGCAAUGGGGAGUCAAAAGAAGCAUGCUGCAGAUGAGAGAAUUAAUUUCAAAGAACUGCGUGAGAAGGUCAUGGUUGUCUAAAAAUUCAUUGAUGUGUCAUUUCAACUUGGAGUCUAUAACUUAGUGAAUUAUCAGGUCCUAUCUGGAGUUCUGGACAAAAGAGGAGAACAACCUAUCUUGAUUCCAAGCAAGAGUUGGUCAUGCCUGAACCAAAUUCAGAACUGGGGUUAAAUCUGCAACAUCCAUUCUCAAGCUUCAGGAUCAUUUACCAGGAACUUAAUCUGAUUCACAAGCAUCCAACAUCUGUCACACUUCUUGCGGUGACCAAGCAGGAUAUGGAGGAUACGUUUCAGCCACCUUUUCGUAGUUGUAUCCAACAAGGUAAGGCCAGUUGCUUGAUGUGUAGCUGCAAUAGUGUGAAUGGAGUACCCACAUGUGCAGAUGAGGAGCUCUUAGAUAAAGUCCGAACUGACUGGGGGUUUGAUGGAUACAUCACCUCUGAUUGUGAUUCUGUGGCUACUAUAUAUGAAUACCAAAAUUACACCAAAACUCCAGAAGAGGCAGUUGCUGUUGCUCUUAAAGCAGGAACAAAUAUAAACUGUGGAAAAUACAUGCUGCGGCACAUGAAAUCUGCAUUCCAGCAGGGGAAUGUGCUUGAAGAAGACCUAGACAGAGCACUGCAAUACUUGUUUUCUAUUCAAUUUCGGCUUGGUCUUUUUGAUGGAAACCCUGCAAAGGGACAGUUUGCAAAAUUUGGACCUCAAGAUGUCUGCACUUCUAAUAACUUGAAUUUGGCCCUUGAUGCAGCGAGGCAGGGUAUUGUGCUUCUUAAAAAUGAUCAGAAGUUCUUGCCAUUGGACAAGAGAAGUAUUUCUACAUUAGCUAUAGUCGGUCCUAUGGCAAAUGUGAGCAGUCCGGGUGGUACUUACACAGGAUUUCCAUGCAAAUUAAAGAGCAUACAUGAGAGGUUUCACCGUCAUAUAAAUAGAACACUUCAUGCAGCUGGUUGCCUGGACGUAGGAUGCAAUUCCACUGCUGGUUUCCCGGAUGCUAUUUCUAUUGCUAAAGAAGCUGAUUAUGUAAUUGUUGUGGCUGGGUUGGAUUUGUCCCAGGAAAGAGAGGGUCAUGGCCGGUAUAGUCUUCUCUUACCAGGUUACCAAACAAACUUAGUUACCACUCUUGCAGCUGUAAGUAAGAAACCAAUCAUUUUGGUUCUAACUGGUAGUGGACCUGUUGAUGUAUCCUUUGCUGAGAAAGACCCAAGAAUUACUAGUAUCUUAUGGGUUGCUUACCCUGGAGAGACUGGUGGCAAAGCACUUUCCGAGAUAGUUUUUGGAUAUCAAAACCCAGGUGGAAAAUUGCCCAUCACUUGGUACCUUGAGUCAUUCACCAAAGUGCCAAUGACUGACAUGAAUAUGAGAUCUAAUCCUGCGAAUGGUUAUCCGGGAAGAACCUAUUGGUUUUACACUGGAGAUCCGCUAUAUGGAUUUGGGCAUGGAUUGAGCUAUACAAGCUUCUCUUCGCAGCUAUUAUCUGCACCAAACAGAUUGAGUUUAUCACUUGCUAAAUCUAAUUGGAAAAGGAGUAUACUUGCCCAAGAACGCAGUAGGCUUGGUUACAUUCCUGUUGACGAAGUGCCAAGUUGUAGUUUGUCUAAAUUCUUCAUUCAUAUCGAUGUCGCGAACGAUGGGGACAUGGAUGGAAGCCAUGUUCUGCUGUUAUUCUCACGUGUGCCUCAGAAUAUUCAAGGUGCUCCACAAAAACAACUGGUGGGAUUUGAUCGUGUGCAUGUCCCAGCAUGUAAAUCUGUUCAAACAAGUCUGUUGGUAGAUCCUUGCGAGUUUCUUAGCUUUGCAAAUGACCAAGGCAACAGAAUACUGGCACUUGGUGAACAUACUCUCAUUUUAGAUGAUAUUGAGCAUAUUGUAUCCAUUGAAAUGUGAUAAGAUCCAUCAUAGUUAUGAGGAAGUCAAAUGGCAUCUGGGUUGAAGGUUUUUCUUGCCUGAAAUGUUCAUAGAAUAAGAAUACUGUUGUGAGUUGUGACCUGAUUCUCAGAUUUUUCUCCAUUCAGUGCCAGAGCAUGAAGUUGAGGAAUUAUAGGAUUUCAAGCUAAGGUGAUGUUAUGCAAGGAUCAGUACAUAUGGAGUAUUUUAAUGAUUAGUACAUAUGGAAGCUAUAAAGGUCGUCAAUACCUUCAAUAUACAGCGAUGUCUUCACAUGAAACAAUAGCACGAAUGUUCCUUUUAUUUUUC